AAUGGGGAGACAGACUGACAGCAGGCUCUUGCCCGGGGUGAAGGGUGCCCCCUGCGUCCUUCUUCCCUCCGUGGUGUGCCAGCCAUGUCUCAGGAGCCGAGUCGGCCUGCAAACUCAGCCACUAGGGUUUCUAGCUUUCACCUGAGGGUCCCGGCGCACGUGCGGCGGAUACUCCCACCCCCCGUGGGAGGCGGGGUCGUGCUCGGAGCCAAUGCGAGCUUGGGAGGUGGAGGGGUAGGGAAGCUUCCAGAGGCCGCUAGGGAGGAGGUUAUAAAAGGGACCAACGCCGGACCAACGCCAGAGCAAUGCAGUCCAAGCGGGAGUACGAGCUGUGGUGUGAGAGGGUGAAUCCAGAGAACAAGGCGGAGCCAGCUUUAAGGUUUAUGCCAACGAUUCGGGGUACGGGUGUUGUACCCAUUUCACAGAUGCGUGCUCACACGGUCCCACCCGCGCCGGAUUCCUGGGCCCAAACCCGGACAUCCCGAUGGAUGACGGUGCCUCCCCCACCCCUCCCCCCAGGCUGGGUGGGCAGCCCGCCGCCGCCCGGGUCCGAGGUGUUUAUCGGUAGGCUGCCCCAGGACGUGUACGAGCACCAGCUGAUCCCACUGUUCCAGCGCGCGGGCCGCCUCUACGAGUUCCGCCUGAUGAUGACUUUCAGCGGCCUGAACCGGGGCUUUGCCUACGCCCGCUACAGCUCGCGGCGCGGGGCCCAGGCCGCCAUCGCCACGCUGCACAACCACCCGCUGCGGCCCUCCUGCCCGCUGCUCGUGUGCCUCAGCACCGAGAAGUGCGAGCUGAGCGUGGACGGGCUGCCGCCGGCUCUGACCCGCCGCGCGCUGCUGCACGCGCUGCAGCCGCUGGGGCCGGGCCUUCAGGAGGCGCUGCUGCUGCCCAGCCCCGGACUGGCGCUCACGCAGAUGGCACUGCUCAAGUUCAGCUCGCACCGUGCCGCGGCCAUGGCCAAAAAGGCCCUGAUGGAAGGGCAGUCCCGCCUCUGUGGAGAGCAGGUGGCUGUGGAGUGGCUCAAGCCAGAUGUGAAGCACCGACUCCGCCAGCAGCUUGUGGGGCCCUCGCUGAGGUGCCUACAGCCAGAAGGCAGCGGCUUGGCCCUCGCUAGGGACAAGCUAGCGUCCCAAGGGGCUCGAACUGCCUUGCAGCUGCUGUGCCAGCGGAUGAAGCUGGGUAGCCCAGUGUUCCUCACCAAGUGCUUGGGCACAGGCCCUGCCGGCUGGCACCACUUCUGGUACCAGGUGGUGAUCCCUGGGCAUCCAGUGCCCUUCAGUGGCCUCAUCUGGGUUGUGCUAACCGUGGAAGGGCAGGAUGGGCAUGAGGUGGCCAAGGAUGCUGUGUCUGCACGGCUGCUGGAGGCGCUGAGCGAGUCUGGGGCCAGCGGCCUGUCGUCUGCUGGAGCCGAGGCAGGUGCCAUGGUUAAGCAGUAACCCCAUCCUCUACAGGCAGCCUGAAAAAGGCGGCAGAGCCUGUCAGUCCCCAACCCAGCAGGUCUGGGCAGCCACCAUCUGGUCCCCAAAGAGGGAGGAGCAUGGGCCCUGCCCUAGGCCUGACACAGCCUCCCGGCUGGGGCACAGCCCCAGUGCACUUGGAGACAGCUCAGAUUUGGCUAAGUUGUGGUGAGGGACCUUGCCCUCUCUCCCAGCCCAGAGUAUCCCUUGGCCUUUCUCUGUGUGACAUACACACUCUGUC